AUGCCUGCCUUCAACGUCGUUGUUUUCGGUGGUGACCACUGUGGUCCCGAUGUUACCGCUGAGGCUGUCAAGAUCCUCCGCAUUCUCGAGAAGCACCGUGAUGUCACCUUUAACCUCCAGGACCACCUGCUCGGCGGCGCUUCCAUUGAUGCUACCGGAACUCCCCUGACCGAUGAGGCUCUCAACGCCGCUAAGAACGCCGAUGCCGUCCUUCUCGGUGCCAUUGGUGGCCCGAAAUGGGGAACUGGCGCCGUCCGCCCUGAGCAGGGUAUCCUCCGCCUCCGCAAAGAGAUGGGCACAUUCGGCAACCUGCGCCCCUGCAACUUCGCCGCCCCCUCCCUCGUCGAGAGCUCCCCCCUCAAGUCCGAAGUCUGCCGCGGCGUCGACUUCAACAUCAUCCGCGAGCUGACCGGCGGCAUCUACUUCGGCGACCGCAAGGAGGAUGACGGAUCCGGCUUCGCCAUGGACACCGAGCCCUACUCCCGCGCGGAGAUCGAGCGCAUUACCCGCCUCGCUGCGAACCUUGCUCUGCAGCACAACCCCCCUCUCCCUGUGACCAGUCUGGAUAAGGCCAAUGUGCUCGCUACCAGCCGUUUGUGGCGCAAGGUUGUCACUGAGGUUAUGGCGAACGAGUUCCCGACCGUUCCUAUUAGCCACCAGCUUAUUGACUCUGCUGCUAUGAUUAUGAUCAAGAACCCCCGCCAGUUGAACGGUAUUGUUGUUACUAGCAACCUGUUCGGUGAUAUUAUUAGUGAUGAGGCGAGUGUUAUUCCUGGUUCGCUGGGUCUGCUGCCUAGUGCCAGUUUGACUGGUGUGCCUGAUGGCAAGACCAAGGUUAACGGUAUCUACGAGCCUAUCCACGGUUCCGCUCCCGAUAUUGCCGGCAAGGGCAUUGUUAACCCCGUCGCUGCUAUUCUCUCUGUCGCUAUGAUGCUGCAGUACUCCUUCAACAUGUUUGACGAUGCUAAGAUCAUCGAGCAGGCUGUUAGCAACGUGAUUGAGGCUGGUGUCCGCACCGGUGACAUCGGUGGCAAGGCUACCACCACUGAGGUCGGUGAUGCCGUCGCUGCUGAGCUGGCUAAGCUGCUUCAGUAA